AACCAGAUAAGUCGAGUAGCUAACUCCCCUGACCCAUCUGCGCCAACGCCCUCCACCCUCGCGCUAUCCAUCCCGGUUCCGCUGGCUGCAGCGUCUCUAGUGGACAGGCGCUUGAGGGAGAGUAGAGUGAUAAUCUGGGGGUCAUUCUCCGGGAAAAUCACGCCAGCGAGGCUGGCGCUGUCGUUCCUUAGUGGUGUCCCCACUGAGCCUGAUCAACAACCACUUCACGCAGAAUGUUUGUGCCAGGAGGGAAGCAGGCGCACACUUGGGCUUCUAGACAACCUUUCCUCCCCAUCUGCCAUACAGAAGACCUUGGAGAGGGCUGGCAGCAUUCAAAAGGCCUACCCAAUGAUCAGGCGUCUACCUGAGGACCGUCCUCUAGAGGCGCAAAAGCUGGGCCCCAGCAGAUCAAGGGUAGAGGCACAAAACGGGCUUCCGCUUGGCGCCAGCUCAGCCGACACGAAACUCAUGGCCAGGCCAAUUGUGAUCAUAGCAUCUUGUGCUCCCGAAAGCAUGCCGACGCAACCAACCGCGUCUCCGGACAGCAGUUUUUAUUCGACCACCACAGAUCCCUCGUCCGUCAAAUGCAGUGAUGCUCUGGAGGAGGCAACCUCACAUGCAAACAGCGCCCAAAGUAGUGGAGCUAUCAACGCUUAUCUUCGUGACAGACGACAGAAGCGGAACCACGAACUCCUCAAUAAAUCCGCAGCAUCUGAACUGGACUGGAUCAGAUGUGCGGAGACAAGCAGCGAAGCCAGUCUCCAGCUCUACUCCGUCGAAGGUGGCCCCGCUGCUUGUGGACAGCCGUCGCCCAGGACCCUGAAAGCCAUAGCCGAAAACGUGAUUUGGAUUUACGCUCCGGUUAAUCUUGCCGAAACCAACAGGCGCACCACAUUCGGUUCACACAAUGCAGCUGCCCGGGCCUCACGAAAGGGAACAUGCAUUAGCUGCCUCUGCAGCUGGCCCGAUUCCCGGUCACUAUUUUUCCGCCUUGGCAGGAAACCCGAAUUCCCCUCAUCAUCUUCCGAACAUGUUACCUCAUGGUGCUCCCCACCAAUUCCACCACCACCCAGUACUUGCGCUGAUCCUGCAUUCCUUGAGCAACUGACGAAAAACAUCACUCGCUAUGGCAUGACCACAAACACCUUGAACUUCUUCCGCCUUUGUGUUAUACUGGAACCAAUGCAAGAGUUAAUGUCCAGGCAAAAGGCUUACAGUCUUACUCCACGAGACUGUUUGAAAACUACGCUAUUCCAGAAGUGGCAGCGAAUGAUGCCCCAAGUUAGGUUGUUCUCAUGGAUUGUUUAUAUUGUCAAUAAUUCCAUUGCAUCGUCCUAUCUGUCACAUUUGUUAGAAGCCACCCGUCAACCGUCGAAACGGAGAAAGAGGAAAGGUAGCGCGGCUGCCACAGAAACAAACAGCAACAGCAACACAGGGAGAGCGUCUAAACGCAAACAGUCGCCGGCUCCUUUACCAUCUCAUCACAUCGCACAGCCGGGAGAUGUGAUGAUCGUCGGUGAACCAACCUUGAUGGGUGGUGAUUUUGGCGAUGAGGAUGAGCGCCUGAUCACUCGUCUGGAAAACACGCAGUACGAUGCCGCCAUGAACGCGAAUCCACACAUGCAUCCCAAUUUUUCCAGUCCAAACGAAACACCAAACCUCAUCUCCUCUCCUCCCGGUAGCGUCAACUUGCCCAUGAACUCUGGACCACAUUCUUUGCCAGGUGUUCAGUUUCGGACUGCAUUAUCCUUAGGAGGUCCAAAUUCCCAUCCGGGUAUGGCAAUGAACGAUCCUGUAUUCUCCAAUAGUUUACUGUCGACCUCACAACAUCCUUCGGGGGUUCCAGUGUCUAUGUUCCCCGGACAGCAGCAACAGCAUCCCAUAUCCACAUCCGCCCGCUUUGCGCCACACAGUAAUCCCGUUAUGGUAUCCCAGCACUAUGUUCUUGCACAGUCCAAAUCGUCAAUGUCCGGCUCAAACACACCUUCCUCUCGAGAUUUCUACCAACCCCCGCUUCCUUCCAGUGCAAGCGACCUUAUGAUGCAUCCGUCAGGCCGCUCAAGCAGUACUUCAUCACUGGUGGACGGUGGUAGUAGUCUUAGUGGAUUUCCCAAUUGCCCCUCGCCCAACAUGCCUUCAAGACAGUCUGCUCGGUUUACCCCACCUGGCCUACCAAAUGGCCUUGGAUCUGUCAGCUCCACAUCGGCCCAACAAAAUUUCCUCUUACCUCCGGAAAUGGUUGGCUGUGCGAACUCUUUAUCGCAGAUGCCGAUUUCUUGUUCCAGUCUAGGGUCAACCCCACCAACGUCGUAUACCCCUGAGGCGAUCGACUCAACUAACAUGAUGCACUCAUCGGUUAAUCAAGCAUCUGCUGGAACCGCAGUGAAAGCGGGCGCGUCUCCAGUGAUAUUUAGCUGUAUGGGUUCUGGCACUAAUGGUACGCAAGGGACACCAGAACCGUGCUCUCCCAUUGUUCUUCCCUCUUUUGAAUCACUAGAGACCCUCGCUCCAAUGAUGGUGGGUCCUGGAUGUGACCAACUUCCAGCUGGCGUUUUGAAUGAAGCCGAGGAUAUAAAGUCAUCAGUUGCACACCAUGUGAGGUCAAAUUCAGAAUCG